AUGGGCGCCAACGGCAAUGACACACCCACCGAGUUCCGGCGCAAUGAUCUCUACGAGGCUCUGAAGCUAUCUCGGCUCCCCGACAAGCAAAACAGCUCUCAGGAUGGCGGCAAGAGAUUCAUGAGCCGUACGCCAGCGUGGAGGCCAGGCGACGAGUUACCCUGGAAGAGGACAAAGGACGAUUUUCCUCGUGGUGCUUUCGGGGGCCACGUCUAUGCCCAGGCCCCUUUGGCAGCGGCGAGAGCCGUGGAAGAGGAUGAAAAGGAGGCCGGUGGCAAUGGAAACGGUAAACUUGGCAUUCAUUCUAUUCAAGGCGUCUUCACCAAGCCUGGCGCGAUUGAUCGCCCAUUCAUCUAUCAAGUCACAAACGUCCACUCAACCCGUUCAUUCGCCACCAAGCUGGUUCAGGCACGACAGCCCACAGCACCAUCUAGAGUCCCUGCCGGCCCCUUUCCAGAGUCGGAUGCUGAUCAGCCGCUGGGCAGCGUCUGCUUCGCCUGUCUCACGACGUUCAAGCGUCCCGCGCCAUCACCGGCAGAUCACCAGAUGGAAGGAUCAGCUCAGGAACGCUACGCCGACAUUCUCUCUCAGCGGGCACCAGACGAGUGGGAUCCUAGCCCGCAACUCGACGUCGAUGCCAUCACGGCAAUGUUCCCCAAUGCCGGCCAUGGAGGAUUUCCCAUACUGGACAUGUACAAGGUCGAUAUGAAGGCCUACAACGCAAAGAGGGCGGUUCCCGAGCGGCGUGAGCUAAUUCUCUAUCGACUGCAUAAGCCGAUUCCUGAGGACGAUGCCAACGCGCACAUUGUGGCACACGCCUUUGAGGCGGACCGCAACGGGCUGAUCAUGCUGACCAACUCCCUCGGCUGGGGCUUCAAUCUCGGGACUGCGGCGAGCUUGUCAUAUUCGUUCUAUGUGCAUGUCAAUGCUGAUGAGGCAGUUAUGAAAGGCGAUGGGUGGUGGAUCCAGGAGGUCUGCUAUCCGAGAGUGUGUGCGGGCAGGGGGAUGAUGGAGAGCCGGAUAUGGAGUCCAGAGGGGAAGCAUGUGGCGAGCGGGUAUCAGGACGGCGUGGCUAUUCCGGCAGAACAGAAGGCGAAGACGACUAAGGAGAAGCUGUGA